AGGAAAAUAAUAAGGAAAGUCAAAUUCAAAAUAGGCAAAGAGCACUCACCAGCCACUAGGAGCAUCCGAAUUGCAAGCGUGCAAAAGGAUGCCACCAACCGGUGCUUUGUUAUUUGUUUGUGACCGGUGGGAAUGUGGAGGAGGAAUUAUAGAUAGAGAGACUACACAAGAGGCCGAAGACAACAACCCUAGCAGAAAAGUUGCGGCAAAGUAAUGGUUUUGAGGAGGCUGUGGGAACUGUGGUUUGUGAAGAGGUCGAUGAUAAUUCUAUGGAAAAGUCAAAAGGGUAUUAGGGAUUGAGACGGGGAAUAGAGGUAGUGAGAUUUAAUAUGUUAAAUUAAAUAGUUCACACUUUUUUCAAAAAUCCAUUAACCACUUUAUCCAAUAAACUAAAGUGAAAAAUAAACUUAAAAAUUAUUUGCACUUUCUUUCUCCCAUCAGGUAUUUUCUUUAACUCUUUUGACUACUCAAACAUAGUGUGUCUAUUCAUCAAUGUUGUCAAAACCGAACCGGAGCAAGACCCGGUAAUGCGAACGACUCGCACUUUAGCGGUUCAACCGGCAUUAGACCGUUUAAAAAUCGUUAGAGAACCGGUAUCUAAUAAACGUUAUUAGUAUAAAUAGUGGACAUUUCUUAAUCAGAGCUCAUCUCUUUUCUUCGAAAUUGUGAAAUUGAAAUAAGGAUUCAAUUUGAGAGCCCGACGUUUUUGGUUUAUUUCAAUUUUUAAUUUUCUACAAUUUUGUUAAUUAAAUUUAGUGGUUGAAUGACAAAAAUCGGACGAGCGGCUCGAUCGGCUCGAAUGGUUAACCGCCUCGGCCGCUCGCCAACCGCUACAUAACACCGGAGCAGCUUUUAGACUGUUCCGAGCCAGUUUUAUGACCGGGUGGCGGUUUUAUCGGUCGGGCCGAGCGGCUCGGUUCGGCUUUAAUAACACUAAUUUUAAUAGAGUCAUAGGAUUGUUCGUUUCAUGUUUAUUCGCUUAUCUUUUGUUAUUUCUUUCUUUUUUUGCUUAGGGACAAGCAAAUGCUAAGUGUGGGGUUGUGAUAAGCUUCAUAAAGAUGCAUGUGUUUUGUGCAAAAAUGGUUGAUCUUUGUGUAUGUUUAUGAUUAAAUUGUUUUGAACUUGUUCAUAUUGACCGUGAAAUGGACCUAGUGUCGGUACCAAGACUUUUAGCAAUUUAACGCAGAAUUGAAGCUAAGUGCAGUGGCAGAUUGAUGGCGCAGUGGCAAAGUGCGGACGUGGAGUGACAAACAUCUAGCAGGACACCAAAUCGAUAAAGACCCAAAUCUAAUUAUUGCUGGUUGGAAUCUUCACUCAACUGUCAGCAGCCCACAUAAUUUAUUGGGAUUGGACUAGAUUUCUUGAACUGAGCAAAUGGAUUUGGUGGCUCACCAAUAGAGAAAAUGAUGCAAGAAUUUAUUGCAAAGAAAGAGACUUAAGCUGGCAGCAACCUCCUCUUGGAAAUGGGAUAUGCAAGUGCCUUGUUUUGUGGGAUUAAAUCUGCAGAAAAUGGAUCUAAAAGGGGCAGCAACUAAGGAGGCUGGGUAGACACUUUUGGAGACAAAUUUUGGAGGGAAAAAUCAAAGGAGAGAUCUCGCUUUGACACACUUUGGAGUUGAGCAUUUCGAAGAAAGGAAGACUCUUGUAAGUUGGAGAUUAACUUCAACACUUAGUACUUUCUCUACACCUUUGUUUAGGUAAUUAGUUAUCAUGUUGAACAUUAGCAUGCUUAUGUUAUUUCUUUUCAUCAUGAACUAAUCGCACAAAUUCUGGGGGAAACUUAUGGAUUUCAUUAUCUAGCCUUGAUGUUUUAAUCACGACUUGUUUUUCCUCCAUUUUCUAUUGUGUGAAAUUAUAUAAUGCUUUGUGUUGAUUGGACACCGUCACAAUGAUUUGUAGUUUUCUAGGUUAAUAACAACAGUGAAAAUCUAGUAACCGAACGUAUUUCACACGCCAUAAUUUUCUAUCAAAGCGACAGUUGAUUAAAUAGGGAAUUAUGCAGUCAUUUUAGGGAUAUCAUUCUUCAAACUAAUUAAUUAAUUCAGUUAACUACGAUAGUAGAAAACUAGAAAUUGUCAUAAUUAGUUAGUACGUGGUAAUUCUCAAUAGAGAUAGCUAUAAAUUUUGAGGUAUAUCGACUGUAGAAAUAUGGAUUAAAUUGAUCGACAAGGGUAAUUAAAUUUACUGAGGUAAAAUAGCAAAAACUUAUGUUUCUCCCGGAACUCUCCAAUAUCAAUUUCUUCAAACUAGUUGAUUUAUCGAGUUACUUAAUUUGUGCUUAUCUUUGCAACUCAUCACUUAAUUACAACCACUGCAAUUUCUAUAGUUUCUCGAACUAAAUUUGUUAAUUAUUGAAUUUCACCAAUCCCCAAGAGAACGAUAAUUUACUUACACUUUAUUACUUGUACGACACCGUGCACUUGCAAAUUAGUUUUGUCGCCGCCAGUAGUUAACAAUAAUCCAAAUCAAAUCUAAAUAAACCAUAACCCAACAAACAAUCAAAAGAAGAAAAAAAAUAUCAUAACUCCAUCCAAACGCUGGGUUCCACACUUCCAUUUGGAGCUGGCCACUCCUUAAACUUCCAAGUUCUAACUGCAAGUAUAAAUCUAGCUUAUUAAAUCAAAACCGCCCAAAACUGUCUGAGAGAAAAAGCAAGAAAUGGUCAGAGGGUGAGAAAAGUAGCGAAAAGGAAAAACAAAAGGAGAGUCAGAGCAAGUCCAAAAGGCGAAAAGAAAAGAGAAAAAAAUAUAGAAGAAGGGAAGAAAGCUACAGCUACAAUUCCACCGCAGCCACCACGGACGAGCGAUUAGGGCAAGCGAUGGACUUCUUGGACGAGGUCAAAUUCAGGUUACAUGGGAAACCUGGAAAUUACCAAAAUUUCUGCAGUGUGCUGGAGAAACUCGACGAAAAUCCCCGAUCAGAUUGAUCGUCGGCGGCCCCGACUUGGCGGCGCUGUGGCCUGUGGCAUUAUGUUCUGCUCUGGGUUGUUAGGAAAUCCUCUACGGACAAGAAGAUUUGAUCGAGAACAGGACAGCGAUGACGACGACGACGCUAGGAGGAGGGCUCACGACGGAAGAUGAAGUCGCUGUUGGCAGUGGCGGUUACAUUUCGGGGUCGGUGGCGGUUACAGCGGACAAGUGCUCUCACCUUGUUUAUUAUUAAUAUUAUUUAUUUAUUUUCUUUUAUACUUAUCCCUCAUAAUUACUUUUUUUUCUUUUUAUGGUUAAAUAAAAAAUUUCAUUAAGAACACGUAGACAUGGGAAAAUUUCCUAGCCGCCUCUCAAAUAGGGGAGCGGAUCGGCUCAAGAUAGGGUGCAUAACCAUGGGUUAUGCAUCCAUCAAUAACCAAAUAUGAACUCUUCAUUUAGAAAAUCCAGAUCUAAGGAUGGAGAAUUAAAGAUCAUUUUUAUUUUCUUAAUCGGCUCAUAUCUUUUUCGUUUUAACUCGGAUUUUAAUUUUUUUUGCACAAGUGGAACGAGUUCAUCGUGCUCUACAAAAUGAGAUCAAUUUUCAAUAUUUUUUUAGAACAAAAAAUUCUGGCCUCUCGGUAACAACUGCAUACCAUAUGGUAUUUUCUUCAUUUUUAAUUCGUUUUUGAAAACAUUUGCAUAGAAGGGACGGGUUCAUCAUGAUUUAUUGGAUCUACAAAUUUCUAGGUGAACAAAUUACAGGACCAAAAAAUACCACACAAUACCAUACAAUACCACCCUGGUACGGGGUGGUAUUGUAUGAUAUCUUCUUCGUUUUUAAUUCGUUUUUGAAAACGUUUGCACAGAAGGGACGAGUUCAUCAUGAUCUAUUGGAUCUACAAAUUUAUGGGUGAACAAAUUACAGGACCAAAAAUACCACACAAUACCAUACAAUACCACCCUGGUACGGGGUGGUAUCUUGUGGUAUACAAUGUUAAAAGUCGUAAAUGACAAUUAAUAUAUUUCUACUAUCAUGUAUUCAAUCAUCCUACAGUCUUGGUUUGUUCAUACCACCAUGGUACAUUUUUCAAAUCAUAGGUAUGCUUUUAUUUCAAUACUAGUCAAUACCAUAUGGUAUAGACUGGUAAAAAAUGACUCAAUUUUUUUUGUUCGAAAAAUAUAUUAAAGUGGAUAUCAUUUUGAAGAGCACAAUUAAUCUGAUCUAACUGUGCAAAAAAAUUAAAUUUCGACUUAAAAUGAGUGAGAAAUCGUUCGUCAAAGAUUAAAGAGAGGAAAAUUAAAGGCUUUACAGGAGAGAGAGGAUGCUGAUGUCAUGCUGAUGUGGACGGGUUACUCAUGGUUACUCACCACAAGGUUACUCACCAGAUCUGCUCCCGGAGCAGAUUAGGUCAGUAACUCUUAUUGUGUGUAACCAUUAGUAACCUUUCCAUAUCCAUAUGACAUCAGCAUCCCCUCUCUUCUGGAAAGUCUUUUAUCUUUUCCUCUUUAAUCUUUAACGGACGAUUUCUCUCUUGUUUUAAGUCGAAAUUUAUAUUUUUUGCACAGAUAAAUCAGAUUAAAUGUGCUCUUUAAAAUGAUAUCCACUUUGAUAUAUUUUUAGUACAAAAAAGUUGAAUAAUUUUUUACCAGUCAUUACCAUAUGGUAUGCUCAUAUUUAAUACCAUAUGGUAAGAAAACGUAUCAUGAUGGUAUGAACAUACCAAUAUGGUAAGAAGGUUGAAUAAGUGAUAGUGGAAGUAUACUAACUGUCAUUUACGACUUUCAUCAUUGUUUACCAUAAGUUACCACCCACAUACCAUAGUGGUAAAGUAUGGUAAUUUUUUGUCCAGUAUUUUUUUCAACCAGAAAUUUGUAGAUCCAAUAGAUCAUGAUAAACUCGUUCCUUCUGAGCAAACGUUUUCAAAAACGACUUAAAAACGAAGAAGUUACCAUAUGGUAUGUAGUUGGUAAAAAAAAGUUUUUCGAAAUAUAUUGAAAAUUGAUCUCAUUUUUUAGAGCACAACGAACUCGUUCCAUGUGUGCAAAAAAAAAAGAAAUCCGAGUUAAAACGAAGAAGAUAUGAGCCGAUUAUGAAAACCAGGGAAAAUAAAAUGUCUUUAACUGA